UGGUUUUGGUGUCUGAAGCAAUGGAUGGAAUGAAUCGCUCUAUAGUAUCUGAGUUUGUAUUCCUGGGACUCACUAAUUCAUGGGCGACUCAGUUUCUACUCUUUUUCUUCACCGUGUUGUUCUACCUUGCAAGCAUGAUGGGCAACCUUGUCAUUGGGUUCACUGUAACCUUGGAUGCUCAUCUGCACUCUCCCAUGUAUUUCCUCCUGGCUAAUCUCUCAGUCACCGAUAUGGCAUUCUGCUCAAUUACAGCUCCCAAGAUGAUUUAUGAUAUUUUCAAGAAACACAAAACCAUUUCCUUCUGGGGAUGUAUUACACAAAUCUUCUUUAGCCAUGCUGUUGGGGGCACUGAGAUGGUGCUGCUCAUAGCCAUGGCCUUUGACAGAUAUGUGGCCAUAUGUAAGCCUCUCCACUACUUGACCAUUAUGAGCCCACGAGUAUGUCUAUUUUUUUUAGUCAGUUCCUGGAUCAUUGGCCUUAUCCACUCACUGGUGCAAUUAGUGUUUGUGGUAGAUUUGCCUUUCUGUGGCCCUAAUACACUUGACAGUUUUUACUGUGACCUUCCCCGACUCCUCAGACUUGCCUGCAUGAACACUCAAGAGCUUGAGUUCAUGGUCACUGUCAACAGUGGACUCAUUUCUGUGGGCUCCUUUGUCUUGCUGGUCAUUUCCUAUAUUUUCAUUCUGUUCACUGUUUGGAAACACUCUUCUGGGGGUUCAUCUAAGGCCCUGUCCACGCUCUCAGCACAUGUCACUGUGGUCAUCUUGUUCUUUGGGCCACUGAUGUUUUUCUACACAUGGCCUUCCCCAGCAUCACACCUGGAUAAGUAUCUUGCUAUUUUUGAUGCAUUUAUCACUCCCUUUUUGAAUCCAGUCAUCUAUACAUUCAGGAACAAAGACAUGAAAGUGGCAAUGAGGAGACUGUAUAGUCGUCUUAAGCACUAUAGAAAACAGCUUGGCUGUGAAGAUGGAACUAGAGAUGCUUGA